UUCACAGAUAAAUUUUUUUUCUUUUCUUUAAGUCUAACAUAUUAGCCACAAUAAUAUGUGGUAUAAAAGAAAUCUGUGUAUAAUCUCGGGUACAAAUCAUAUUGCAAACAAAAACGGUAAACCUAAUUUUACCCCACUGACUGAAAACUGUUGUGUAAUAAUAAGAAACAUACAAGAAUGAGAAAACAGGAAGCUUUUUUGGAAUGAAAAUCCUCAUCCUGACAAAAAAAGAACAUUACAUUCAUUGAUUGUAUAGUUGUACACGUUUGUUUACAAUGUUACCCAUUACUGUUGUAAAUGUGUACGGUUGUUUAUUUUGAUGCUGAAGUUCUUAAAAAGUAGAAUGAGUCCCCCUCUCCCAAAAAAAAAAAAAAAACCUGUGUAAACACUGGCGUUUUGGAAAAACCUUAUGUAACUAAGGAAGUCGAGUUCUCGCGGGACUUUGUUUGAACUCUCGCGAGAUGUGAACUGCAGCGCCCCCUCCCCAGUGCUGUUCGAAGAAGAAAAGGGAGGGGAGAAAUCUCCAUAGCUCGUUGGAGUCGACUGUUGUGCCGGAACUGGAUAUUAGACUCCCAAGGAUCUAUUUUUAAUUUCAAGAGAGCCGAAGAAAGAUAAACAUUCGACGUUCCCAUGGCCACCUCGCCAUGCAAAGUCUGACGUAACGGAGGUGAAGCGGAAAGAUAAACGCAACGCAACGCAAAGCAAAGGCGAGGGAGGGAAGCGAGCGCGGCCUGUUUUUGUUGCCGAUCGUGUCCCGGAGCCAGUGCUGCAGGAGCCGUGGCCCCUAGGGCGAGUGCUGUGCCGUGCCGCGCUCUGCCGUGCCUGUGGCCCGCCAAGUUCAUUUCUCCGGAGCGCCGUCUCCGCUGCCGUGAGACUGGGCCCCGCGACGGCGCGCGCCCACACUUCCUGCUUCGCGUCCACUGGGGGCCGCCGCGGCCUGCGCCUCCUUCUUCUCCGCACCGCGAACGGAACGACGGAAGGGGGGCCAUGAGAGACGCGCACGGGAAACGGAGACAGGGCGCCGCUCGGCCGGAUUCCCCGUGACUGCGUGGAUGCGUCGCAGCGCCUCUGCAGCCUGGGGAUGAGCGGCGGGCUGCGGCCCGAAAGCGAACCCUGACGCCGCGGAGGAGGAGGACGAGGAGGAGAGAAAGAUCAGACAGAGAGAGAGAGAGAGAAAGAAAGAAAGAGCCGCCGGGGCUGGGAUCCCGAUCCUCCUGGCUGUGUGAGCAGUGAGCAGCGGGCUCGUUGGGUUCAUAUCCUCGCUCGCUGCCGACUGGAUACGGCGGAGGAACUGGAAGCGCUCAACUUUGACGACUCUUUUACACAUGAUGAUGAUUCCCGUCCCACUUUUCUAAAGCGGGAGUAAAUCCAUGCGGUGUUUCGUUUUUCUUUUUAUUUAAAUUAACCGGAAAAUGACCAUUCGGUCACAUUUCGUGCCGUGGGAGAGGGGCGCGCGCUGACACGGACUGCUGCUCGCGACCCGACACCCGACUGGCUCUGUGUGCGCGCGGCGCGCGCACCCGAGCGAUAGCGUCUGUUUGUGUUUCCAUAACUACAGUUACCCGCGGCACUCGUGGAAAGUCGCCACCCAUGCUGAGCGCGCCCUCCCUCGGAGCCGCGGUCCUGGAAGUGCCCGGACGAUCGCCCCUCGGCCCGAACUGAGGACUGGACGCGUGGCUCGCGCGGGCCAGAGGUGCGCGCCGCCGCCGCCGCGGCCAUGAACCCGGUGAACGCCACCGCCCUCUAUGUGUCCGCGUGCCGCUCGGUGCUGCAGAGUGACCCGCUCGAGCCGCAGUCGGUGGCUGAGCUCUGCAAACUGCUGCCCUUCUUCCGGCAGUCGCUCUCCUGCCUCGUAUGUGGGAAUCUGCUGCAAGAGCCAAUAGCUCCAACCAACUCUUCUUGUCAGCACUAUGUCUGCAAGGGCUGUAAAGGCCAGAAGAUGAUGAUGAAACCGUCAUGCAGCUGGUGUAAGGACUACAAGCAGUUUGAGGAGAACAAACAGCUGAGCAUCCUAGUGGGCUGCUUCAGGAAGCUAUGUGAGUACAUCGUGGAGUCGCCGCUGGCUCAGCACAUCCCUGACAUGGCCAGAGGCUCCCCAGACAUCUUGGCAAUACUGAGUGAAGGUUUAUCGCUAGGUGAGGGUGACCCUGAGGAUUCCCACCUUUCCCUGUUGCUGAACCUGCCUCAGUCCUCCCCAGCUGCACCCUCUUCCGAGGAGCCCAGCGGGCCUCAGUUAGAGGCCCCGGAUGAGUCUUUUAUGCCCUCGCCCGCGAGCCCCCGCUCAAGCGUCAAUGGGCUGCCUGGCUGCAAUGGGCUAACUGGCGUGGACGAGCUGACGGUAAGCCUCCCUUCCACGCAGGGGGGGCGCGCCUAUGCCCCUGACAGCAAUGAGUCUGUCCCCACCAGCACCAGGCCCGAGAGCUUCGGCCACACGCUGUCUGCCUGCAAGGCUGUGGCUGGGGAAGAACUGUGUGCUGAAGGCAUCGACAUCUGUGGCUUUGGAGAGGACAUUAAGCACAGCAGCGACCCCCUUAUGCUGAGUGUUGAGGAGGUGCUCCGGACCCUGGAACCAGAGCCCGAGCCAGUCCCCGGUGUCAAGAACUGCUCCAGUGCACCACGGCCUGGUUCAGAGAUGUAUGGGAAGCUCAACGGGCCUUCCGCGGAUGCCUCUUGCCAGCUGCCCCCGGGGGUGUCCUCUUCAACCACUGUGCCCCAGGCAGCCCGUCUCAGUCGCAAGCGGUCUCGGUCAGAGAGCGAUAGCGAGAAGGUCCAGCCCCUCCCUAUUUCUACCAUAAUUCAGGGCUCUCCUCUUGCUGCUGCGGUGGUGACGGCGGCGGCUGCCGUGGCGGUCAAAAGGGAGCCCAAAGUCGCAUCGGUGCUGCCGUUGGCUACGGUUCCCAACGGCGGGGCACCCAAGGUUGGCAAGACGCUGUUGGUGUCUGUAAAAGGUAACAAGAAGGGUCCUGAGCACCUGCCCAGGAAAGCAUAUGCCAAGGCCAAGCAAGGGCUCCCUAAGACCAAGGAGAAGACAAAGGAUCACCUGGCCAGCAAUAGCAGCAAUGGUAACUUGAUGUCUGGGAGCCCCACCAAAGUGGUGUACAAAAAGACCCAGGAGAAGAAAGGUUGCAAAUGCGGCAGGGCGACCCAAAACCCAAGUGUUCUUACGUGCCGUGGCCAGAGGUGCCCCUGCUAUUCGAACCGCAAAGCCUGCCUGGACUGCAUCUGCCGUGGCUGCCAAAACUCGUACAUGGCCAAUGGUGAGAAGAAGUUGGAAGCCUUCGCCGUUCCAGAGAAGGCCCUUGAGCAGACGCGACUCACUCUGGGCAUCAACGUGACCAGCAUCGCCGUGCGCAGUGCUGGCACCAGUGGCGGCGUCGCGCUCAACGUAACGGCAGGGUCUCCCGUCGCCUCCUUCCUGGCCGCCAGCUCGCAUGAGGACAAAACUUUGGAGGAGAGUCUGGACAUGAGGUUUGACUGCUGAGCUCCUCCUUCACCAGUGCUCACCUGCCCUACCUGGCGCCACCCGCUUUUGUUUGUGUGUUGGGAGGGGGGCGGGCAGGAGGGGCGAGGCCAUGGAAGAGGAAUCGGAGACACCGCACCAAGGCAGCUAUGAUUCUGUUCAAGUAUCAACUCUGAGUGAAUCAGUGAUUGCCAGAUUACAUGCAUAUAAAUCACUUGUCUUAGACACUGCUGUGGUUUUAUUGAAAGGGAGGAGAGAUGUUGCUGGUUUUUUUUUUUUUUUUGUUUUGUUUUUUUUUGUUUUUUUUUUUUUGUUUUUACAAAUAAAUACUGCAAGCGAUUUAUAUUUCAUGAAAUUGUGGCAAGAGAAAUUCGACCUCGUUCUUGUGGGUCAUGUUAUGUGCGUAACUGAAGGAACGUUUCAGGUGUAGUAGGACAAGACAGAGGCCGACUCCAGCAAUGGUACCUGCACCAUCAGUAGGGGCUUGUUGUAUUUAUAUUUUUUUGUACACACUUACCUAAUUCCAUGUAAGAAUGUUUUAUGGUAUAUUUUUCAAAUUUACUUGACAUUUGCAGUAUUUAUUGGAUGUCAUCUAACAUAGAUUACCGUCUGUCUAGGGCCUUAAGGGUCUUCUCAAUGUUUGCAAGGUGGGCAAAGUUUGGUAUGUUUCUGUCCUGUUUGUGCUGUUUCUGCUGUCUCAAAACACACGGAAAAAUCAGUGUAUUUUUGUCCCACGGGCAUUUGAAAAGGAAUCUGUAAUAUAACUGUAACAUUUCCACAAAAAUUGGAAAAAACA